AGCAGUGAUGUACGUCACAUUAGAGAAUUGUUUAGUACAUUGGAAAAACAACCACUCUUCUACACCCAUCAGAGGAACAAGAUGGACAGUUCAGAGGACAAAGGGGAAGAAACACAGCACAACCCAGUCCACCAGGAGAGAACAGACUCACCUGUACCCAGCUGUACGUCCAUGCAGAGUGAUCAUUCUAUGGAAUUUCCAUUACAAUUUAGAGACUUCCCAACUGCUCAAAGAUAUCAACAGGAGAGAUUAAAGUCAGAGAUUCCCAGUUAUCAGAGUCAAACAGAUCUGUCCUUCAUAUUUAAGUCGCUUGAAGACAACAUCAUCACUUUUGUGAAGAGAGAACUGAAGAGAUUCAAGAACAUUUUGAGUCCAGAUCUUCCAGAAUGCAUUGAGAAUCAGGAGGAUGAAGAAUUAGUGGAUGCCAAAGAAGUGAGGCAGGACAGCAGUGCCAGAGAGGGGGCUCUGAAGAUCACACUGCAAAUUCUGAGGAACAUGGACCAGCAGGAGCUCGCUGACACACUGGAGAAAAGUGUUUUGGGUGAACUUGCUCUGUGUCAACAUAAACUCAAAUCUAACCUGAAGAAGAAGUGUGAGGAUGUGUUUGAGGGAAUAGCAAAACAAGGAAACCAGACACCUCUCAAUAGGAUCUAUACAGAGCUCUACAUCACAGAGGGUGGAAGUGGAGAGAUCAAUAAUGAACAUGAGGUGAGAAAGAUUGAGACAGCAUACAGGAGAUCAGCAAGACAAGAGACACCAAUCAAAUGUAAUGACAUAUUUCAACCCUUACCUGGACAAGACAAAGGUAUCAGAACUGUGCUGACAAAGGGAGUCGCUGGCAUUGGAAAAACAGUCUCUGUGCAGAAGUUCAUUCUAGAUUGGGCUGAAGGAAAAGAACACCAGGAUGUCGAGUUGAUAUUCUCACUGCCUUUCAGGGAGCUAAAUUUGAUGAAGUCGAAAAAAACUAGUUUGAUGGAACUUCUUCAUCACGUUUUCAUGGAAACCAAAGAAUCUGGAAUAACAGAUUAUGAAAAGUACAACGUUCUGUUUGUUUUUGAUGGUCUGGAUGAGUGCCGACUUCCUCUAGACUUCCAAAACAAUAACAACUGCUGUGAUGUCACAGAGUCAACCUCAGUGGACGUGUUGCUGACAAACCUCAUCAAGGGGAAUCUGCUCCCAUCUGCACAACUGUGGAUAACCUCCCGACCUGCAGCUGCCAAUAACAUCCCUCCUGAGUGUGUUGACAGGGUGACAGAGGUACGAGGGUUCAAAAACACACAGAAAGAGGAAUACUUCAGGAAGAGAAUCAAUGAUCAGAACCUGGCCAGCAAAAUCAUCUCACACAUUAAGUCAUCAAGGAGCCUCUAUAUCAUGUGCCACAUACCAGUGUUCAGUUGUAUUUCAGCCACUGUUCUAGAGAGAAUACUUGGUCAAUCUCAAAGUGGAGAGAUGCCCAAGACACUGACCCAAAUGUACUCACACUUCAUGGUCUUCAACAAGCUAAUCAAAAACCUGAAAUAUUCUAAAGAUGCAGAGAAAAGUGAGACAUCUGAUGAAGAGAUCAUUAUGAACCUGGGGAGGCUGGCCUAUGAACAACUGGAAAAGGGCAAUCUGAUCUUCUAUGAAGAAGACCUAAGAGAGUGUGGCAUUGAUGUCACAGAAGCUUCAGUGUACUCAGGAGUGUGUACACAGAUCUUCAGAGAGGAGUGUGGGUUGUACCAGAAGAAGGUGUACUGCUUUGUACAUCUGAGCAUUCAGGAGUUUCUGUCAGCGUUGUAUGUGUUUCUCACAUUCACCAAUAACAAUGUUAAUCUUAUGGACAAACAGCAAACCACCUCCAAAGAACCUCAGAUAUGUAAAGAUACACCUGCAACCAUCCUGCACAAGAGUGCAGUGGACAAGGCCUUACAGAGUGACAAUGGACACCUGGACCUGUUCCUCCGCUUCCUUCUUGGUCUCUCAAUGGAGUCCAAUCAGUCUCUCCUACGAGGCCUACUGACACAGACAGGAAGCUGCUCACAGACCAAUGAAGAAACAGUUGAGUACAUUAAAGAGAAGAUCAAGGAAAAUCCCUCUCCAGAGAGAUGCAUCAAUCUGUUCCACUGUCUAAACGAGCUAAAUGAUCAAUCUCUAGUUAAGGAGAUCCAAGCUUACCUGAGUUCAGGAAGCAUGUCCAAACAAGAACUCUCACCUGCACAGUGGUCAGCUCUGGUCUUUGUGUUGCUGACCUCAGAAGAGGAGUUAGAUGUGUUUGACCUGAGGAAAUACUCUAGAUCAGAGGAAGGUCUCCUGAGAUUGCUGCCAGUGGUCAAAGCCUCCACAACAGCGCUGCUAAAUGGGUGCAACCUGACAGAGAGAUGUUGUAAUGCAUUGGCUUUAGCUCUCAGCUCGAACUCCUCACACCUGAGAGAGUUGGACCUGAGUAGCAAUGACCUGCAGGAUUCAGGAGUGAAGCUGCUCUCUGCUGGACUGGGGAGUCCACACUGUAAACUGGAGACACUAAGGUUGUCAUUCUGUGGAGUCACAGAGGAAGGUUGUGCUUCACUGGCAUCAGCUCUGAGGUCAAACCCUUCACACCUGGUAGAGCUGGACCUCAGCUACAAUCACCCAGGAGACUUAGGUGUGGAAUCGUUGUCUGCUGAACUGGAGGAUACACACUGCAAACUGGAAAAACUCAGUGUGGACAAUGAUGCAGAGUACUGGCUAAAAUCUGGCCUGAAGAAAUAUACAUGUGAGCUGACACUGGAACCGAACACAGCACACAAACUGUUAACUCUAUCCAAGGGGAACAGAAAGAUUACAUGGGGGAAAGAGCAGCCGUAUCCUGAUCACCCAGCGAGAUUUGAGUGUUACCCGCAGGUUCUGUGUUGAGAGGGUCUGACUGGGCGCUGUUACUGGGAGGUAGAGUGGAGUGGGUUUGGGGCUUAUAUUGGAGUGGCAUACAAAGGAAUCUGCAGGAAAGGAACGGAAAAUGAUUCUAUCCUAGGCCAUAACCGUAUGUCCUGGACAAUGCGGUGCGCUGAAGAUCAUUACAUUGCCCGGCAUAGUAAUAAGACCAUUACAAUACCCGUUCCCUCAGUCUACUCAUACAGAGUAGGGGUAUAUCUGGACUGGCCGGCCGGCACUCUGUCCUUCUACAGUGUCUGCUCUGGCACACUGACCCACCUGUAUACAUUCCACGCUACAUUCACUGAGGCCCUCUACCCAGGAUUUAGGGUUUGGAAUGGUGAAUCUUCUCUUUCAAUUUAGCAGAUGAAAUACCCAGCAAGGGUUUUUGGGGGAUUUCGAACUACAGUACCAGUCAAAAGUUUGGACACACCUACUCAUUCAACGGGUUUUCUUUAUUUUUACUAUUUCCUACAGAAUAAUAGUGAAGACAUGAAAACUAUGAGAUAACAUACAGUGUAUAUUGUCACGUCUACUCCCGCACCUCUUCUCCGGCGCUCUAAGUCGCCAGGUUAUUCAUUAUUACGCACACCUGCCACCAUCGUUACCCGCACCUGAGGCUCAUGAGACUCACCUGGACUCCAUCACCUUCCUGAUGACCUCCCCUAUAUCUGUCACUCCCUUUGGUUCUU